AUGCCCAACUUCACCCGCUCGGUCCUCGUCACUGGCGGCACGACGGGUCUGGGGUUCCACGCCGCGGCAGAGAUCGCGCGGCAGCGGCCUGACUGGUGCGUCGUCAUCGCGUCACGCAGGGACGCAGAGGGAAGCGCGGAAUCGAUCAACCGUCGCCUCAAGAGUGGGGAUAGAGUACAGUUCAUGGCCCUGGACCUGGGCGACUUGAAGAACGUCAGGGCCUUUGUCGAGACAUGGGCGCAGAAGAGCCUCCCACCCAUCUCAGCUCUGUUGUUGAACGCGGGAAGCCAGUUUCCCGCUGGCGGCAUCAAAUAUACCGCGGACGGGUUCGAGGCGACCUUUGGCAUCAACCACGUCGGACACGCCCUGUUGUUCUCCCUCCUCCAGCCUUACCUGGCAGACGAGGCGCGCAUCGUCGUCACCGCCAGCGGCACGCACGACCCCGUGCAAAAGACGGGCAUGCCGAACGCACACUACACGACGGCCGAAGAGCUGGCACACCCGGCUGGGCCGCCGCUCAAGAUACCCGGCCGCCAAAGGUACACGACCAGCAAGCUGUGCAACGUGCUCUGGACGUACGCGCUCGACCGGCGCUUGCGACGCCUGCCAGACGACAAGAAAUGGACCGUCGUCGCAUUCGACCCGGGUCUCAUGCCUGGCACCGGCCUCGCCAGACAGUAUCCGGCCUUGCUGCAGUUCAUGUGGAAGCGCGUCCUGCCCAGCCUGAUCCCGUUGUUGCGACUCGUGCUGUCGCCCAACAUUCACAGACCGGCGGAGUCCGGUGCGGCGCUGGCAUGGCUGGCUCUGGACGACGAGGCGAGUGGGGUAUAUUUCGAGGGGAGGAGGCAGAUCAAGUCGAGCGUGGACAGCUAUGAUGAGGCGAAGCAGGAAGAGUUGUGGUGGUGGACGGUGAGGACUCUGGCGAGCGACGAGCAGGAAAGGCGGCUGUUUGAAGUUGUUCAGAAGUAG